AUGAGGUUUUGCGUUUUCGGGUUUUUAUCGUUAUUCUUAAUUGUUUCUCCUGUCUCCGCCUGGUUCUUCCCAAACUCCACCGCGAUACCACCGUCUCUACGUAACACAACACGCGUUUUCUGGGACGCUUUCUCCAAUUUCACCGGUUGUCACCACGGCCAAACCGUGGAUGGUCUUUACCGCCUCAAAAAAUAUUUCCAACGUUUUGGUUACAUCCCGGAAACGUUUUCAGGCAAUUUCACGGACGAUUUCGACGACGUACUCAAAACCGCCGUGGAAUUGUACCAGAAGAAUUUCCGGCUCAAUGUCACGGGAGAGCUCGACGCGCUCACCAUUAAACACAUCGUGAUCCCGCGUUGCGGGAAUCCUGACGUGGUCAACGGUACUUCUCUGAUGCACGGAGGGAGAAGAAAGACUUUCGAAGUCAACUUCUCCCCCGGCCGGGGACCGCAGUUGCACGCGGUCAAACAUUACACGCUGUUCCCAGGCGAGCCACGGUGGCCUAGAAACCGCCGUGACUUAACCUACGCUUUCGACCCAAGAAACCCGUUGACCGAAGAGGUCAAGAGCGUGUUCUCACGCGCGUUCCGUCGUUGGUCGGACGUGACCGCGUUGAACUUUACGCUCAUCGAGUCAUUCACCACCUCCGACAUAACGAUCGGGUUCUACUCCGGCGAUCACGGAGACGGCGAGCCAUUUGACGGCGUUUUGGGAACGUUAGCUCACGCUUUCUCACCUCCGAGCGGGAAAUUCCACCUCGACGCAGACGAAAAUUGGGUUGUUUCCGGCGAACUCGACAGUUUCCUCUCCGUUACUGCUGCGGUUGAUCUUGAAUCCGUGGCGGUUCACGAGAUUGGUCAUCUUCUUGGUUUAGGACAUUCCUCGGUGGAGGAUUCAAUCAUGUAUCCGACGAUCACGACGGGGAGACGUAAGGUUGACUUGACGAACGAUGACGUGGAAGGAAUACAGUACUUGUACGGUUCAAACCCUAAUUUUAACGGCACAACUAGACCGUCGACCACCACUCGGCAACGAGAUACUGGUGACUUUGGUGGUGCUUGGAGAAUCGACGGUUCAUUGAAACCGACCAUUUUCAGUCUCUUAUUGUCAACCGUUGGAUUAUUCUUGUGUUUGUUACCGUAG